AUGGCGUCCAGAUAUUUAAGUGGUGUUUGGAAAAAUAUUGAUAAAUGUAAAAUUACACUUGGUAAAUUGAAUAUUGCAGAUUUUGAUGUUAUCCGGAGAAAUCAAGUGGGAAAUGGAUGGGAAUCGGACUUUAAAAUUGAUGGUCAGUUCUGCAUUACAGCCUUAAGGGAGAGGAUUGAUCGUGCAGUCCAUAUGAUUCCAGAUGGAGUAUUUCAAUGGAGCAAAUGGAUUCCAUUCAAAGUAAGUUGUUUUAUAUGGCGAGCAAGAAUGGACCGCAUUCCAACUGCGGUUGCUCUUGAUCAAAGGGGGGUACAGGUCCACUCUACACAAUGUAGUGCUUGCAUCUCCGGAAUGGAAUCAAUGGAUCACAUGUUACUUAAAUGCCCGUUUGUCGUUGAUCUCUGGAACCGGAUUUGGGAGUGGUGCGGUAUCACACCAAUAAUAUUUUCUAGUAUAAAGGAGAUGUUAACUUAUAUUGCCAUGACUGGCCAAUGCCCAAAACGCAGGACAACACUACUCUCAAUCAUUUCUGGUGCACUAUGGGGUAUAUGGCGAGCAAGGAACGAUAGAAUCUUUAACUAA